AUGUUGCAGGAGCCUCCUCAAGGCCAGCGGAGAGGAAGACUAAUGUUGCAGGAGCCUCCUCAAGGCCAGCGGAGAGGAAGACUAAUGUUGCAGGAGCCUCCUCAAGGCUGCUGGAGAGGAAGACUAAUGUUGCAGGAGCCUCCUCAAGGCUGGCCAGCGGAGAGGAAGACUAAUGUUGCAGGAGCCUCCUCAAGGCUGCUGGAGAGGAAGACUAAUGUUGCAGGAGCCUCCUCAAGGCUGCUGGAGAGGAAGACUAAUGUUGCAGGAGCCUCCUCAAGGCUGCUGGCCCAACACAGUGGAUAUAAAUACGGCCGCCGGCAUCUCAUCCUGACUGUACUGUGUGUCUAUUCUCUCCCUCUCCUGCAGGCGCCCAAUAAGCAGGUGAUGCAGUACUGGCUGCAGCAGCUGCAGCAGAAGCGCUGGGACUUCUGCAACACGCGGGGGGCCGGCACCGUACGGGACAGCUGGAGCUCCCCCACCUCCCUCUACCCCCUCACCGGCCUGGUGGCCAAGGACGCAGGCCCGGUAGCAGGGGUGCUGUGUGAGAAGCCAACGGAGAGCAUGGAGAGCGUGCGGAACGACUUUGCCGUGGAGACGGAAACCAACGGGCUGGUGGGCAUCGGGUCGGCACGGCAACACACUGCGCCCCUCACCCCAGCACUCAGCUCACUCAAGAACUGGGGCUCCGAGAUCAGGAACUCCAUGUCCCACCUGCGGCAGCGCGGCGGUGAGAACAGGCGGAGCGUCUUCUACACGGCCUCCCAACAGCAGGCCACCGCCACCGGCGCCAGCAGCAUCGGCUCCUCCGGCAGCGCUGAGGACUGGGAGAUGCUGGACCACCCGACCCACCCAGCAGCCAAGGAGCACCACGGAGGCGGAGCCGGACCACCCAGCAGCACAGAGCCGUCGCGGAGGGACAGCCCCUCCUCGCACUUCCACAGACGUGAGGACCCCCAGCGCAGCUAUUCCAUCGGCUCGGCGUUCACGUUUGACUUCCGGAGCACGGGGGGUCGUAUGAAGCGUCCCUUCCUGCGGGACGGGCUGCUGGGCUCAGUGCGAGGCAGCUCCGGGUCCGGCCGCAGCGGCAGUGCCGACCUGUCGCCCUCACAGGUGGAGUGCAACGGCAGCAAGCAGAGCUCGGAGCUGCAGUUACGCCUCCAGAGCCAGCAGGAGGAGCUGUCCAGGAUGCAGGAGGAGCAGACGCGGCUCCGGGAGGAGCUCGCUGGCCAGAAGGAGCUGGUGCGCCUCCUGCAGCAGACGCUGCGCGGCUCUCAGUGCGGCCCCGGCCCGGGCCCGGCUCCGGUGGGACACAGGCCGCCGCCACCCCCACCCCUGCCACCAGGCGGCGCUCCAGAGGCUAAAGGAGGACCUGGAGCUGGAGGAGCAGGGGCAGAGCCAGGGCCUGGGCCAGGGGCAGGGCUGAGGGGGGAUGGUGCCGGAGACGCAUAUGCCCAGGCGGCGCAGGCCAAGGCGGAGGCGUGGCGGCAGGAGCGCGAGGGUCACAUCCAGGCCCUGUGCGGACACAUGGAGCGCCUGGGGCUGGAGAAGGAGAGCCUCCAGCAGGAGCUCAAGACGCUCAAGAACAAGGUGGGUGAGAUCAACGAGCAGCUGGGCAUGCUGAUGGAGACCAUCCAGGCUAAGGACGAGGUGAUCAUCAAGCUGUCCCAGUCAGGAGGUGACGACGCCGGGUCGCAGGGGGAGGCGGGCUCCCCUACUGGCUACCGGGACCAGCACGAACUCGGCAAUCUGAAGGACAGUCUGGAGGGCUACAAGUCCCAGAACAACUUCCUGAACAAGGAGAUCCUGGAGCUGACGGUGCUGCGCAGGAACGCAGAGAGCAGAGAGAAGGCCAUCGAGGCCAAGUACACGGCGCUGGAGGCCAAGCUGUGCCAGGUGGAGAGUAAGUACCUGGUGCUGCUCCAGGAGGUGAAGACUCCGGUGGGGGCCACGUCUGACGUCAUCACCCGGCUGCUGGAGGACGCCCUGGAGGUGGAGACCUGCAGUGACCAGCCCGAACACACCCUGCUCAAGCCACACACCGUCAGUGAGUACGACACGUACGGCUUCAAGACUCUGCCGGAGGAGGAGGACGAGGAGGAGAAGCUGGUGGCCAAGGUGCGGGCGCUGGACCUGAAGAAGCUGUCCCUCACCGACCAGGAGGUGUCCGUCAGCGUCAAGUGGGACAACUACCUGGCCGGCACCAUGAACCGCGAGAUGGCCCGCUCGCCCGAGCUCAAGGCCCUGAUCCGCAGCGGCGUGCCGCACGUCCACCGACCCAAGGUGUGGCGCUGGUGCGUGUGGCUGCACAUGCGCAAGUUCCGCGAGUGUCUGGCGGAGGACUACUACCGCGGGCUGCUGAGCCUGGCGCGCGAGAAGCAGAACCCCGCCUCCAAGCAGAUCGAGCUGGACCUGCUGCGCACGCUGCCCAACAACAAGCACUACGCCUCGCCCUCCUCCCACGGCAUACAGCAGCUGCGCAACGUGCUGCUCGCCUUCUCCUGGAGGAACCCCGACAUCGGCUACUGCCAGGGCCUUAACAGGUUGGCGGCUAUAGCCCUUCUGUACCUGGAGGAGGAGGAUGCCUUCUGGUGCCUCACGGCCAUAGUGGAGGUCUUCAUGCCCAGAGACUACUAUACCAAGACCCUGCUCGGAUCUCAGACAGCGACAGUACGAUGCCAACGCAGCUCAAGACCUGUCGACAAAACUGACUUCAAGAGUUCCAACAUGACCUGGGGUAAGCUGACGGGCGGCGCACGUGUGUGGUGCGGUCCCACCUCCACAGCAACGAUGGGGAGGAAUGUGGAGGUGCGUGCAGCGACCUGCGCUAGUGUGGUUGGAGUGCCAGUGAGCAAGUGUGUCUUCCUGCUCACUCACUUCUAG